CUGUGUUCGAGAUAAAUCAAUGAGUAAAUUGCAAAAAGUAGCACAAUUUCUUUGUACUUGCCAGAGACAAGUCAGCAUUGUUCAGAUGGCACAACACCUUGCAAAGACCCAGGGAAGUGGGACCCCUCCUGUCCCCACCCUGAUGACCCCUGACCCCCAGUUUAACCUGAAGGAGAUGGAGAUGGAGGGAGGGUAUUACCGGCAGUGUCAGCAGCUGGAGGCCGCCGACGCCAUGUCUCACCUGGAGCACAUGUGUAAACUGGACAUCGACUCGGAGCCCCACGAGGUCAGAAUGACCGGCAUCAUUUGUACCAUUGGGCCUGCUUGUCGUGAAGUCAGUAUGCUGCAGAAAAUGAUCAUCGAGGGCAUGAACAUUGCACGACUCAACUUCUCCCAUGGCACUCAUGAGUAUCAUGCUGGCACAAUAAAGAACAUCCGAGAGGCAAAAAACGGCUUUAGUUCUCCCCGACCUGUGGCCAUCGCCCUGGAUACCAAGGGGCCAGAGAUCAGAACCGGACUGUUAGAGGGGGGGGCCUCUGCUGAGAUCACUCUGAAUGCUGGAGACAAAAUAAAGAUCACGACAGACGACAAAUACAAAGAGAAGUGCAGUAAGGACGUGUUGUGGGUGGACUAUAAAAAUAUCACCAAGGUCAUGUCUGUAGGCGACAGAAUGUACAUAGACGACGGUCUCAUCUCAGUCAUAGUCAAGGAGAUGGGUGCUGACUACCUGAACUGUCUGGUGGAGAAUGGGGGAGACCUGGGGAGUAAGAAGGGCUGUAACCUCCCCGGGGUCGCGGUGGACCUGCCUGCGGUGUCAGACAAAGACAAGGAGGAUCUACUGUUUGGGGUGGAACAGGGGGUAAAUAUUGUGUUUGCUUCCUUCAUCAGAAGUGGACAACACAUCAAGGACAUCAGGAAGGUGAUGGGAGAGAAGAAUGAAAAUAUAAGAAUCAUCGCCAAGAUCGAGAACCAUGAAAAGGGAUUUGAUGAAAUUCUCCAGGAAUCCAAUGGUAUAAUGGUGGCCAGAGGAGACCUUGGGAUAGAAAUCCCUCCCGAGAAAGUCUUCCUGGCUCAGAAGAUGAUGAUUGGUCGAUGUAACAGGGCAGGAAAACCCGUCAUUUGUGCUACACAGAUGUUGGAGUCGAUGGUGAAGAAGCCCCGUCCCACUAGGGCGGAGUCUAGUGAUGUAGCCAAUGCCGUGUUAGACGGAGCGGACUGUGUCAUGUUGUCAGGGGAGACAGCUAAAGGAGACUACCCACUAGAAGCUGUCAAAAUGAUGCAGAAGAUCUGUAGGGAGGCGGAGUCAGCUGUUUUCCAUCAUCAGCUGUUUGAGGAGUUACGUAAGGAGACCCCCACCCCCACAGACGCCACCCACACUGUUGCCAUAGCAGCAGUAGAGGCCUCCUUCAAAUGUAUGGCAGCUGCUAUUAUUGUGAUCACAACAUCAGGAAGAUCCGCUCACCUGAUCUCUGCCUACAGACCCCGGUGUCCCAUUCUGGCCAUCACACGGAUAGAACAGACAGCCAGACAGUGUCAUCUUUUCAGGGGGAUCUUCCCCAUCCAUUAUGUGGAUCCCGUCAUGAGUGAGUGGACGGUGGACGUCGACCGUCGGAUUUACAAGGGAAUUCAGAUUGGAACGGAUCGAGGAUUUAUCCAGAAAGGCGAUCCGGUUAUCAUCAUCACGGGCUGGAAGCCUGGAUCUGGAUCAACCAACACGAUGAGGAUCAUAAACGCUGUAGAUGUAGCUAAAUCUGACCUACUGGCCCCCAUUACAGGCAUAACCAGUGUGCCAAGUUUCAACAAAAUUGAAAGUGAUUUAUCUACGAAUACUUCUGCUUCAUCUGUCUCGGAGUCGAAAGGAUCCAAAGACGAUGUAAAAUUCUUCUAAAAACUUCUACAAUAAAAUUAAUUUUUCGCGCCCCAACAGACACUGAAAAUUAACAAUAGUGCAAGGGGCAGAUACAUGUAUCUAACCACUAAGAGAAGUUGGGUUUUACUCAGUGACGCAGUUAUAGGGAGCUUUGAACAACUGCUAAUUGUGUGUUUUUAUUAGAUUUUUAUUUCCUUGCGAUGGUAUGUGUGAAUGUUUAAGAGGAGAAGAUAUUAUAUGUAUGUAUACUUGUAUUGUUGAUUUUUAGAACUGUUUCAAUUUGUUUAUGUUAAAAAG